AUAACAGAAGAAACAUCCUCAAUAUCUACCAUGUUUUAAAGACUAAAAGAAAAUAUUAUAUGAAACAGAUGUACCAGAUUGUUUUUUACAAAUCUUUGGCAGAAUUCAUGUGAAACAUUUCCUCUGAAAUAAUAUUAUAAGCAAAAUUUCUGAACAUCACCAACUGGAGUGUCAAGAAGAGUAGCUUAUGUGUUGAUUAAAUUUGCUAAACAAAUGUAACACUGGACAGAAAUACAACAGUAGAAGUGCAUGUAAGGAAUAAAGUAUAAAAACAAAAGCAAUAAAAAUAUAUAAACUGGGAUUUUAGAGGAAAAAUAGUGGAAAAGAAUGAGAAAAGUAUACGAUUGAUUUCCCCUGAACCUAUGACAAAAGAGAUGGGAUCAUUCGAAUGUGAUAUCUGUACAAAGUUCUUCCUUCAAAAAGGUGACCUACUUAAGCACAAACGUAUUCACAAAGGAGAGAAACUAUAUCAUUGUGAUAUCUGUGGUAAAUCAUUCUCUUGUAGUAGUGGCCUUACUGUGCACAAACGUGUUCAUACAGGAGAGAAACCAUAUCAUUGUGAUAUCUGUGGUAAAUCUUUCUCUCGAAAUAGUCAAGUUACUGCGCACAAACGUACUCAUACAGGAGAGAGACCAUAUAACUGUGAUAUCUGUGGUAAAUCAUUCUCUCAAAAUACUACCUUAAAGAAACACAAAAAUAUUCAUACAGGUGAGAAACCAUAUCACUGUGAUAUUUGUGGUAAAUCAUUCUCUUGCAGUAGUAAGUUAUCUACACACAAAAGUGUUCAUAUAGGAGAGAAACCAUAUCAUUGUGAUAUCUGUGGUAAAUCAUUUUCUCGAAGUAGUAAUGUUACUGCACACAAACGUACUCAUACAGGAGAGAGACCAUUUCACUGUGAUGUCUGUGGUAAAUCAUUUCCUCAAAGAAAUCAUGUAACUGCACACAAACGUAUUCAUGGAGGAGAGAAACCAUAUCAUUGUGAUAUCUGUGGUAAAUCUUUCUCUAGUAAUGGUUACUUAAAUGUACACAGACGUAUUCAUACAGGAGAGACACCAUAUCAUUGUGAUAUUUGUGGUAAACCAUGCUCUUAUGAUAGUGCCUUAGCAAGACACCAACGUAUUCAUACAGGAGAGAAACCAUAUCAUUGUGAUAUCUGUGGUAAAUCAUUCUCACAAAAUACUCAUUUAUCUAAACACAAAAGUAUUCAUACAGGAGAGAAACUAUAUUAUUGUGAUAUCUGUGGUAAAUCAUUUUCUGGAAGUAGUAAUGUUACUGCACACAAAUGUACUCAUACAGGAGAGAGACCAUUAAAUUGUGAUGUAUGUGGUAAAUCAUUCUCUUGUAGUUUUCAUUUAUCUACACAUAUACGUAGUCAUACAGGAGAGAAACCAUACCAUUGUGAUAUCUGUGGUAAAUCAUUCUCACAAAAUACUCACUUAUCUAAACACAAAAGUAUUCAUACAGGAGGGAAGCUAUAUCAUUGUGAUAUCUGUGGUAAAUCAUUCUCUAGUACUGGUUACUUAAAUGUACACAGAUGUAUUCAUACAGGAGAGACACCAUAUCCUUGUGAUAUUUGUGGUAAAUCAUUCUGUAGUAAUAGUUACUUAACUGUACACAAACGUAUUCAUACAGGAGAGAAACCGUAUCAUUGUGAUAUCUGUGGUAAAUCAUUCUCACAAAAUACUCACUUAUCUAAACACAAAGGUAUUCAUACAGGAGAGAAACUAUAUCAUUGUGAUAUCUGUGAUAAAUCAUUCUCUAGUAAUGGUUACUUAAAUGUACACAGACGUAUUCAUACAGGAGAGACACCAUAUCAUUGUGAUAUUUGUGGUAAAGCAUGCUCUAAUAAUAGUGCCUUAGCAACACACAAACGUAUUCAUACAGGAGAGAAACCAUAUCAUUGUGAUAUCUGUGGUAAAUCAUUUUCACAAAUUCCUCACUUGUCUACACACAAAAAUAUUCAUAUAGGAGAGAAACCAUAUCAUUGUGAUAUCUGUGGUAAAUCAUUUUCUCGAAGUAGUUAUGUUACUGCACACAAACGUACUCAUACAGGCGAGAGACCAUAUAACUGUGAUAUCUGUGGUAAAUCAUUCUCACAAAAUACUCACUUAUCUACACACAAAAGUAUUCAUAGAGGUGAGAAACCAUAUCGUUGUGAUAUUUGUGGUAAAUCAUUCUCUGAUUGUAGUAAUUUAUGUGCACACAAACGUAUUCAUACAGGAAAGAAACCUUACUGUAAUAUCAUGGAGUCUGACGACAUAGCUGAAGAUGUAGUGGGUGGGGUGAUGACAUCACCUUCACUGAAGACACACCCAGAGAUGAGCCUGCUCUAGUCCUUCCUGUUGGUCAUGGCUUUGUAGUCUGUUGCUGCUGUCAAUGUCAUGUCUUACAUUGUUUAUCCUAUUCAGUAUUUAGCAGCAAUCAUAAUGUCAGCAGUUUUCAUACCCAGUGUAAAUCAUCAUAAUACAGGUAACACUCUUCCAACAUUCAGAUGGUUUCCACUCCUCUCUAUGUUAGCUAUUUUCAACUACAUCUUUAAUCUUUAUGCACUCCCACGAUAUUGACUUCGGCAAUACAUAAAAUGUUUUUCUUAAAGAAAAUGACAUAAAAUAUUGUGAAAUUAAGCCUGAACACGCAGUGUACCAAUGUUUAUAUUUACAAAAUUGCAGACUCUGCACUUCUGAUGUGUAAAUUGUUUCUUAAAGACAUCAUAUAAAUGUACCUUUUGUAUGAAUUAUAUCUGACAGCUAUCUCUUGUUGGCCCCCUUUGUCUUUCAUUGUAUUCUGUGUUUAACCUUGAAAAGCUAUGAAAUUGUGUUUUUGAGAGAAA